UUACGGGCGAAAUAUGGGGCGAUUCAAGGCUUUGGGUAUAUUAGCUCUAAUAGCGUCAACAUACGCCCUACCAACCCCGCAACCCCAGUGCCCGUGCGAGGCGUCACGGCAACCACCAUGCCCGUGCAAUUCUUGCCCGUCUUGCCCGCCCCGGCCUUGCCCGUACGACCCUUCUCCAUCACCUUGCCCGUACGAUCCUUCUCCGUCACCUUGUAACCCGGGCAACCUGUCGCCAUGCCCGUAUAACCCGGGCAACCCCUUCAACCAGGACAACAUAUUCAACCCGGGCAACCCGUCGCCAUGCCCGUAUAACCCGGGCAAUCCAUUCAACCCGGGCAACCCCUCGCCAUGCCCGUAUAACCCGAGCAACCCGUUCAACCCGGACAACAUAUUCAACCCGGGCAACCCGUCGCCUUUCCCGUAUAACCCGAGCAACCCGGGCAAUUCAUACGGGCCAACCUACCCGUUGUGGACCGGACCUACACCUACCAGGUGUGGUGAUGGUCCCAUAAGGGCGACGAAUCCCCGCAGCGAGGUGCCUAGUUCGCUGCAGACUGCGGGCUUCAGGGCCAUGAGAGUUCCAGGAGGCACGUUCUAUAUGAAGCCAUCAGCUAAUGUGGUAAUCCAGCUUCCGCCGAUCCUCGUGCAGCCGUCACCGUUGAGCCCUAUCCAGCCGCCACCGAUUGUAGUGAGGCCACCACGCCAGCCCCCCAUCACCCCACCACCGGUGCUCGUUCGACCACCACGGCUACCGCCAAUCACCCCACCGCCAAUCACUGUGAGACCGCCACAGCCGCCGCCAAUAUCCCCCCCACCUAUCGUAGUGCGACCGCCUAGGCUUGCACCAAUACUGCCAGAACCCAUCAGGGUCAAUCCACCACAGCUUCCAGAUAUUUGUCCGCCACCAUUCGUCAUUAGAGUACCGCGACUACCGACGCUACAACCUCCAAUAAUCAGUGUACCGAUCGGCGGUUGUGGAAGUAAUCAGUAUAACCGUUUUAUCCCGUUUAGCCCAUGCAACCCUGGUAACCCGUGCAAUCCGGUCAACCCAUGCAACCCUUGUAAUCCGUGCAACCCAUGCAAUCCGGUUAGCCCGUGCAACCCUUGUAACCCGGGCCACCCGUGCAAUCCAUACCCGAGUCCGUGCGACCCGGGCAAUCCAUACCCGAGUCCAUGCAACCCCCCAUGUGACCCGUGCAAUCCAUGCCCCCCAUUAUAUUAAAACGAUAGAUUAUACGCAUAUUUAAAUCAAAUUGAAAUAUUUAGCAAAUUAAUCUGUUCGAUGCCAAAAUUGUUUGAAAAUAUGUGAUGAAAUUACUCUUACUUUGAAUGUCUUGAUGUGACAAUCAAAACUCACUCUACCUAACUAAUUGUAAAAAAAAU